UAAUUUUAAAAAAUAUAGAAAGAAAGAAGAAAAGAAAGUGUUUUUGUUUUUGUGCUUAAAAAUAAAUAAAAUAAAAAUUUUUUUUUAAAAGAGUGUUUAAAAAUUGAAUGAGCCCCAUGAGUGGUUUUCGUCAACAGCUUAAGAUGCUGGGCACAGCAUUGCUGGGGAAGCGUACACCGAAGUCUGUUAAAAAGAAACCUUUCACAGAUGUCGAAUUAGCAGAUUUACGCACAGCAUUUGAUUUAUUAGACAGAAAUCGUGAUGGCCGUGUUACGGCAAAUGAAUUACAAUUUAUGCUUAAAAAUUUAGGCAUAAAUGUAAGAGAUGAAAUAAUAAAUGAUCUAAUACGAGAGGCGAGUCAUUCGGGUAAUGGUUUAAUAAAUGAAGCAGAAUUUUUACAAUGGGUUGGACGUAUACAAGCCUUACGCGACGAACAAAGCCAACAGCAGCAACAACAAGAGGAAAAUGCCAGCAAACCCGAUGAAUUGGAUGAUGUCACUGAGGAUUUAAUUGCUGCAUUUAGAGUGUUUGAUCGAGAUGGCAAUGGUUUUAUUACCCGUGAUGAAUUACAAACCGCCAUGGAAAUGAUUGGUGAACCUUUAAAUGAAACACAACUGACACAACUGUUAGCCAUAGCGGAUUUAGAUCAAGAUGGCAAAAUAAAUUAUGAAGAAUUCACAAGACUAUUACUCUAAGGGGAGAGCGAGACGGAGUUGGCUACGUGUUAAGAACCUCAUUACAAAAAUUCUUCUUACUUAAAUAAAAAACAAAAUAAAUUUAAAUACAAAAAAAAAUAAUUAUACUCAAUGAAUAAAAAAAAAUACAGAAAAUUUAAAAACAAAUUAUAUAUUUUUACUAAAUAUUGCAUAAAUAAUGUUAUAAUCAAAAUUUAUAUUGUAUAAUAAAAAAAAAAACAAAACAAAAAAGGCUCUUCUUUAAAAGAAGCCUACAAUUUUGGGAAAAUUUUUAAAAUAAAACUUAAAAAAAACACCACCUUAUUAAAGGCAUAUAUUAAAUAUUAAAAAUAAAUUUUGUUACAAAACCUAUAUAAAAUAAAACAUAAAAAACAAAUAUUUUUGUUAAGCUUAUAGAAGAAGUUGAUGGAACAUAAACACAAAUUAAAAUUAUAUAAAAAAUUAUUGAAAAAACAAAACAAAAAAAGUUAGUUUUAUAAGUUUAUAUUUUUAAACAUUUAAUUAAUUACCUUAAAUAAUGAAUGUUAACAAUAAUUUAAUUAAUACUUAAUUUUUGAGUUAAUUUUAAGUCUUUAUUUAUAAAAAAAUAAAAAACACACACAAAAUACAAACAAACAAAAAAACUAAAUAAAAAGGAAAUUAUAUUUUUAAAAACAAA